GAAGGAGCUGCAGCCACAGUCAGCUGCGGAGACUGUAGUGGAGGAAGGAAGGCGCGCGGCCUGGAGGAAGAGAAGGAUGGAGGAGCAGCAGAAGGACCGUGAGGCCGAGGUCGCUGAGCCCUGGCUUUCUAAGUGGGAGCGCCAGUGCCUUGCUGAGGCGGAGCAGGAAGAGCAGCUGUCCCCCGAGCUGCAGGAGGAGGCGGCUGCUGAUGCGGCUGGGCUCAAGAUCGAGCGGCAGAGGCUCUGGCACCUCUUCCAGAUCUCAGCCACUGCGGUGGCCCAGCUCUACAAAGAUUCCGGGUGCCAGCAGCCAGGACUGUCUAUGUGGGACCCCUUCCAGAAUGCUGCCAUGGCCGUGACCAGCCUCUACAAAGAGAGCGGGGAUGCCUACCAGCGAAGUUUUGAGCUGGGCGUCCAGGUUGGCUACCAGCGUCGCGUUAGAGAUGUGCUGGAGUGGGUGAAGAAGGGUAGGAGCAUCAUUCGCAGGGAAGACCUCAUUAGCUUCCUCUGUGGCAAAGUCCCCCCCACCGCUCCCCCGCCACGCACCUCCAGGAUGUCCCCUAGGCCGCCCGCAGCUGCUUCCAGUCCGGCUGCUGCCACUGAGUCCACCGCACCUGUGGACGUCGACCUGCAGCCCUUCCAUGAGGCCAUCGCCCUCCAUGGCCUCAAUGGCGCCAUGGCAAGCAUCAGCAUGCGAUCUGGCACUUCUGGUUCCCCAUCUCAAGAUGGAGGUAUUGCCAGCAGUGGGCGUCGGAAAAGUGGCUUUCUGGAAGAUGAUCCGAACCCCUUGGGCUCAGAAGAACUGGCUCUCCGUCUGGACAGUGGAGGAAUUCGUAAGCGUACCUCGGCCCAGUUUGGUGAUGCCACCAUAGACUCUCCAUCCCACAAGCGCAACCGAAUGGUCUAAGCUACCCCCUUGGUUGACCACCAUCCACCACCAUAUUGCUUGACAGUCAACUUGACCAUCAACGUGCUUGUUGAAACCAUCCUAGAGACUGCUGACCUUCCUUCUCUUAAGUUAAAGAUUUAUAUCAUUUACCAUAAAGAAAAUGUAAAAGUAUUCCAGAAGAGGCCUCCUAUGACUCUGACUUUCCCCAAAAUAUAAUUCUAUUACAGAACAUCAGCUAUCGCAUAGUUAGCAAAAUCAUUUAAACUUUAAAGCAAACCGUAUCCAGUGAGGGCUGGAGCCUGAUUUAUCUUAUUCAAGUUGUAUUUCUUAGCACCUAGUACAGUUACUGGGGCUCAAUAAAUGUUUGUUGAAUGAAUAAAUGUGACCUUACCUUAAAUUCUUAUAGGGAAAAUACAUAGAUGUAUAUUUGAUUGUGGAAUAGUUUAUUUGAUUGUGGAAUAAUUUUAUCCUUUCGUGUGUAGGUUGUUUGCUUUGAUAGUCAUUGCUAAUUCAUUUACAUUGUAACUUUGUACCAAAAUGUUUGUUUGUUUGUUUGUUUGGUUUGGUUUUCCGAGACAGGCUUUCUGGCUGUCCUAGAACUAUCGCUGUAAAUCAGGAUGGCCUUGAACUCACAGAGAUCUGCCUGCUUCUGCCACCAGAGUGCUGGGAUUGAAGGUGUGCGACACUACCGCCUGGAUCAUUGUACCAAAAUGUAAGAUUAACAUACUGUGGAAUCUGGAGUCAUCUGGUUUUACCCGCACUGUACCAUGCACCCAAUUUCUAGAAAGAAAUCAUGGAAAUAAUA